GAGAGGGGAUGGGAUUAGAAUGAGAACUACAACCCUUUGUGUUUUUUUUUCCCUCUUCACCACUUCUCAAGAAACAGCAACAGCAUUCAUUAGUUACCGUUACAGGCCUUGUGUGUGCCCACGGAGGAGGACACCGCAUCUGUCUGCUCCAGCUGUAGUGUCUGUCACACUGAAUGAGGGAGAGAGAGAGAGAGAGAGAGAGGGAGAGGGAGAGGGAGAGAGAGAGGGAGCAGACAGACUUGCAGGCUCGAUCUCUGGGGCAACAGAUCUGGUUUGCUCGGCUGUAAGACCAAACACGGGAUGGAUUUCUGCAUGACGUGAGCGAGGAGCAGCUGCCCCACACAUUAAAAGGAUGUCGGGGAUGGACGUCGCGUUGUUGGACCACAACGAGACCGGAAUCUCCUCAGUCGACAACGGCACUUUCCUCCGCUUCUCCCCGACCUCUUCGUCCACGUCGGCGGCCGCCUCGUCCCCGGGGCGUCCGGGCAACGUGUACGUGUACGUGUGGCUCUUCCUCGGCCUGCUGGUGUUCCUGCUGACGCUGCUCAUCAUCUCCCUCCACAGGCUGAAGAACAUCAUCUCCUCUUCCUCCUCCAUCCCCGACUGCAGCAGCGAGGGGGGGAGCUCCUUCACCAACAUGGAGAUCUGCAGCAUCUCGUCCCAGCGCUCCACCAUCUCCACGCUCUCCACCUGAGGGAGGAGGGAGGGAGCACACGCAGCGCAAGACCCGCACAUGCCCCCCGCGUGUUCCCUCCUUUAAGCACAUGCAAACGACAUGCAAGCAUGCACACACACACGCGCGCGCAUAGCACCAGCACAAAAACACGUUAGGCUUCAUGCAUGCAUAUUCUAAUCCUGAUGGCCCAGUGACUCUGGCGCCUCCGUGCGAUUUGCAUAGACACGGGGGGAGAUACAGCUCACGACGAGGUGAAGAGGUCAUGAGGCCUGAGGGAGACUGUACUGCUCCGAGUCGUACUUCAGUGUUCAAAGACAAAUGAACCUGAGAAACUGUCCCCACAGGGUAAAAGCAUACAGUAAAGAGACACCGUUAUCAUCGCCGACUCUUUUUUUUCUGUUUGUCCUUUCCUGUACUGUACUUGUUAUGUUUUCUUUAAGAGAAAUAACAUUGUUCUGAAGUGUGAAGCCUUGUACAGCAUGUCUCAUUGUGCCCAUAGACUGCAACGCAGAGCCAACAUCUAACUAUUAAAGAGCGUCACUUUGUACAGAAA